ACUUAUCAUGGAUCCUCUGAUGGGUAUAGACCAAGCUGAAAUUAAAUUGAUAAAUGACACUGGGUUGCCUGUUUGUGGAACUGAUUCAAGCCUUCCUUUGGAGGGACCAGGAGCUCAACCCUAUCAGAGUUCAGAUUGUAAUGGGUCUGCUGUCAAACUGGUGGACCAAAGCCCACCUUUGCUGGUUGAUGCAUGGCUGGUUCCUCUCUUUUUUGCCCUCAUCAUGUUGGUGGGGCUGGUGGGAAACUCUUUGGUUAUUUAUGUGAUUACCAAACACAGGCAGAUGAGGACCGUCACUAACUUUUACAUAGCAAACUUAGCCACCACGGACAUACUUUUCCUUGUCUGCUGUGUGCCUUUCACUGCCACGCUGUACCCUCUGCCUAGCUGGGUCUUUGGGGACUUCAUGUGCAGAAUCGUCAACUACCUGCAACAGGUGACAGCACAAGCAACCUGCAUCACCCUAACAGCCAUGAGCAUGGACCGCUGCUACGCCACUGUCUACCCACUACAGUCGCUGCGGCAUCGUACUUCCAGAGUGGCUAUGGCAGUCAGCGUUGGCAUCUGGAUAGGUUCCUUUGUUCUGUCCGUUCCUGUUGCUGCAUAUCAGACGCUAGACACAGGAUACUGGUAUGGACCUCAGACGUACUGCAUCGAGGCGUUCCCCUCAGUCUACCAUCAGAAGACGUUCAUUCUCUACACCUUUUUGGCAGUGUAUCUUCUGCCACUUGUUACAAUUUGUGUUUGCUAUGCAUUCAUGCUGAAAAGAAUGAGCAGACCAGUGGUUGAACCAUCAGAUAACAACUACCAGGUCCAGCUUUUAGCAGAAAGAUCUGAGGCUAUACGCACCAAGAUUUCCAAGAUGGUGGUGGUGAUUGUCGUGCUCUUUACAAUCUGCUGGGGUCCCAUUCAAUUCUUCAUCCUCUUUCAGGCUUUCGACUCCAACUUUCAGAAGAAUUAUGAGACGUACAAGAUCAAAAUUUGGGCCCACUGCAUGUCCUACUCCAACUCAUCUGUCAACCCCAUCGUGUAUGCUUUCAUGGGGGCCAACUUCAGAAAGUCUUUUAAAAAGGCAUUUCCUUUUAUCUUCAAACAGAGAGUUGGCACCACAGGGGGAGCUGUUGUGAACACUGAAAUGCACUUUGUUUCAUCUGGAACAUAAACACAAGGCCUGAUGGAGGUUUCAUAAAUUUAGAAAAAAUAAUUGUAUCUUAAAAUUUUAUUUAAAAAAAAUCUUUGCAUCUAAAGAUUACCUCCUCCACUCAUCGUAAAUGUAUAUUGAGAUUGCAUAAGAGCUACCACUAAUCUCAAGGAGUAGAGCAUUGAUUUGAUUCAUUAUGUUGUUACUCAUUCUAGACAUUAAUGUAAAGUUAGUUUUUUUCUGAUCGAUUUAUUCCCUUAGAAGUCCACUCCUUGGUUGGUAAUAUUUGUUCAUAUUGAAGGAAACAAUGUGAUGGAUAAACAUGAAAAGGUGCUUAUUUAUAGUACAACUCUGUGUUAAGUAUAGUUUGAUAAAUACAAAUGUUCAAAAUGUUUAGAACCAAAAUGUUUGUUCGUUAAAACUAAUUUAAUUUCUAAAUCCUUAAUAUGAUCAAACAACUGGAAGCUAAUAACAAUAGAACCAGUAUUUAUAGUAGUAAAAUAAAACCGACUUGUAAAUUAAAUCAUUAGAAAAGUUGACAAACACAGUUACAUAAUAACAUAAUCCUGCUUUAUUAAUGUGAUCAGGAUUUGACAAGUGCUGUUUGAAAUGAAUCACUAUUAAACAGCAAUAUGGACACACAAUUACAGCAAUGAGGGUAAUGCAAUCCUCUCAGUUAAUGAGCUAUUUCUGAGACUUUCUUACAGUAAAUCACAGUUCGACUAGCCAAUUGGAUCAAUACACUAACUGAAGUCACCAACUAGAAGAGAGGGCUUGAACUUGAGGUCAGCUAUAAGCGAGGGAUAUAAAUCUUCAUGUAUAUAUUUCUUAGACUAUACUUUAGUAAGAACAAAGUGUCUUCUUGUGCUUUUUUCUGUAUUAUUCGUGUUUUAAGCAAACAAUACCAGGAAUUGUGUUUUAUCAUGCAACAACAGUGACCUCUGUAGACGCAGUUUUUUAAUGAAUAUAUAAUUACAUAUUUUAAAAGUUUCUUAGACCAACUUGUCACUAACCUUUUAAAAAGUUCCUAACUAGGAAACUAGAGGGUAUAUAGAGUGAACCGUCUCCCUCACUAGCAUAAAACACCUCUACCUGAAACAAUCGAUGAAGUCACUGCCAGAGUGCUAGCAAAGUUGUAUUCAAAUAAAAGACUGGCAGGCACAAGCUGCCUUAUGGAAAUAUGUAUAGUUUCUCCUUACACAAUUUCUUUCUAUAGCUUGGACGUGUCUAUACACUGUAUAUUAGGAGUAACUAUAAAUUGAGUUUUUAUAAAAGGGUUUUAAAUAAUCUCAAUAGGUUAUGUUUUGAUGUUUUCUUUAAGCACCUCCAGUGUUUAAAGGAAUGGGCUUGUAACCAGGAGGUCCCCGGUUCAAAUCCCACCUCUGCCACUGACUCAUUGUGUGACCCUGAGCAGGUCACUUAACCUCCUUGUGCUCCGUCUUUCGGGUGAGACGUAGUUGUAAGUGACUCUGCAGCUGAUGCAUAGUUUACACACCCUAGUCUCGUAUCUUGUAAAGCGCUUUGUGAUCGUGGUCCACUAUGAAAGGCGCUAUAUAAAAAUAAAGAUUAUGAUUAUUAUUAUUAUUAUUAUUAUUAUUAUUAUUAUUAUUAUUAUUAUUAUUAAUAAUAAUCACCUGGCUGUAUUACUGAUUACAGGAUAUAAACUGCAUAUUUCGCUAAUAUUUCUAUGAAUAGAUGUG